GGAGAAAAUUGCAGGGAGGUGACACUCUGCAUGAGCAGAGUUGCUGGAACCCUCCCUGCCCCCUCCCCAAAACUAGAAGCUGAGUUUUUUGUUUGUUUGGGCUUCUAGCCCCCCACCCCAGCGUCCACUCUGGAGAUCUUAAAGACUCUCGAGAAAAGCCACGUCGGGGGCUGGUUCCCCUGGGGCUUCCUCCCCUCCCCCGAUUGCCUGAUUCUCUGGAGCGUCCCUGAUGUCUGCAAAGAUGUCGAUCUGGACGUGUUAGUGGAGGCCUUAAGGCCCGUGGGCACCUUUAAGAAGAUCGGGAAGGUGUUCCGCAAAGAGGAAGACUCCACGGUGGGGAUGCUGCAGAUUGGGGAGGAUGUUGACUAUCUGCUCAUCCCCCGGGAGGUCCGGCUGGCUGGGGGCGUGUGGAGAGUCAUCUCCAAGCCCGCCACCAAGGAAGCUGAGUUUCGCGAGCGGCUGAUCCAGUUUCUGCAGGAAGAGGGCCGCACCCUGGAAGACGUGGCCAGAAUCAUCGAAAAGAGCACCCCACACCCACCCCAGCCUCCCAAGAAAGCCAAGCAGCCCCGAGUGAGGAGAAUCCCACAGAUGGCCACUCCUCCUCUUCGGCUGAUCGUAGGCACCUAUGACAGCAGCAACGCCAGCGACAGCGAGUUGAGUGACUUCGAGACCUCCAAAGCCAAAGGCAACAAGGGCUCCCAGAAGGCCAGAAAGGUGCGCAAAAUGCCCGUCAGUUACUUGGGCAGCAAAUUCCUGGGCAGCGACGUGGAGAGCGAGGAUGAUCAGGAGCUGGUGGAGGCCUUCCUCCGUCGUGGAGAGAAGAAGCCCAGUGUGCCACCUCCACGUCGCCGAGUCAAUCUGCCAGUGCCCAUGUUUGAGGACAACCUGGGUCCCAGGCCAUCCAAGGCAGACAGAUGGCGGGAGUCCUGGGGGAAGCUGAAACAGAGGGUGAAGGGCUGGGCACCCAGAUCUGGCUCCGAGGUGGGCCAGGCCUCUGUCGUGGCAGCUGAGAGGGCUGGAGAAUUGAGACGCAGCCACACCAGGGGGGACGAUAGCUCCAGAAACACAGGAGACAGGAGCGACCAGACACUGAGUACCAGACGCUGGAAGCCCAAAAUCAAGUGUGUCUCCUUGAGGAGGUGCAGGAAGGAGCAGGCGCCACUCCCAGCUCAGGGGACAGGCAUGCCAGCUGAGGGACCUCCAGAGGUUCCCGCUGAACGUGGAGCAGAGGCUGCAGCUAAUCCGAGGGCACAGGCUCCGGUUAAUUCCAGGGCAGGGGCUCCAGCUAAUCUGAGGGCAGCGGCUGCACCUAACCUGAGGGCAGAGGCUGCAGCUAAUCCAAGGGCACAGGCUGCAGCUAAUCCGAGGGCAGAGGCUCCAGCUAAUCAUGAAGCAGAGGCUGCGGCUGAUCCGAGGGCAGAGGCUGCAGCUAAUCCGAGGGCAGAGGCUCCAGCUAAUCAUGAAGCAGAGGCAGCAGCUAAUCCAAGGGCAGAGGCUGCAGCUAAUCAUGAAGCAGAGGCUGCGGGGGAUCCGAAGGCAGAGGCCCCAGAUAAUCAUGAGUUUGAGGUUGCAGCGAAUCAGAGGACGGAAGCCCUACCUGACCGGAGGGCAGAAGCCAUAGUUAGUCAGAGGGCAGAAGGCCCAGCUAACCAAGGGAUUGAAGCUGCAGAAAAUCAGAGGGUGGAGGUCCCGGCUGACCAGGAGGCAGGGGUCCUCCAUGACCAGAGGGAGGAGACUGGACCGCAGGCUGUAGCGGAAGCCUCCUCUGGUUCUGUUACCUUAGGGAUGCGCCGGGGACCUAGGGCCCAGAAACAGGUAAAGACGGUGAGGUUUCAAACCCCAGGACGGUUCUCAUGGUUUCGCAAGCGCAGAAGGGCCUUCUGGCACACUCCCCGGUUGCCAGCUCUGCCUAAGAGAGUCCCCAGGGCAGGCGAGGCUAGGAACCUCAGGGUACUGAGGGCUGAGGCUAGAGCAGAUGUGGAACACAGAGAGCAAGAGGAACAGCUGUGAGGGGAACCCAGGGCCUUUGCACCCUGCCUGCCCCGUGAUAGCCGCCAGGGUGCCUCCCUCCCUUGCAGACUCCUUCUACCUCCAUGCUUGAAUGGAGGCUGCAGAGGCAGGCAGCGCCGCCCAUACCUUUACUGGCUUUCUCCCUCCUUCUCUCCCCUCUUCCUUCUUUCCCUUCCUUUCUUCCUUUUAAAUCCCCCCCCCCAGUCUUGCUAUGCAGGCCUGCUGGCCUAGUACUCCAACUUACGGCUGUAGCAACCUGAGCGCUAGGAUUGCAGGUGUGUUCUACUACAUCUGUUU